AUGGCAUCCGACGAGAUAGUCUGGAAUAUCAUCAAUCAGCAGUUCUGCUCGUUCAAACUCAAGCUUCCGGGUAAUCAAUCGCACCAGAAAUCGACCAAGCAGACCUUUUGUCGAAACGAGCAUAAUGUGACGGGACUGUGCAAUCGACARAGCUGUCCGCUCGCCAACUCUCGAUAUGCCACCAUCCGCGCGGAUCCAUCGAAUCAGCGGCUGUACCUCUACAUCAAGACCGUCGAGCGGGCACAUUUGCCUAGCAAAUGGUGGGAGAAGAUCCGACUGAGCAGCAACUAUACGAAAGCUCUGGAGCAGGUCGACGAGCGACUGAUCUACUGGCCGAAAUUUCUCAUCCAUAAGUGUAAGCAGCGUCYCACACGAUUGACGCAGGUGCGCGUGCGGGCGCAACGGCUGGUGAAGGAGGAGGAGCGGCUGGGCGAGACCAUGGUUCCGAAGCUGGCGCCCAAGAUUCGCAGGCGAGAGGAGACACGUGAGAGGAAGGCCGAGGCUGCGGCGAAAAUUGAGAGGGCCAUCGAGCGUGAGUUGGUCGAGCGACUACGCAGUGGUGCCUACGGUGACCGGCCGCUUAACGUGGAGGAAAAUGUGUGGAAGAAGGUUAUGCGCGGGUUGGAGCGGACGAAUGAGGGACUGCGCGAUGAGGAUCUGGACGAGGGUAUUGAAGAUGAAGAGGAGAAUGAGCACGAAUAUGAGAAUGAGCUAGAAGAGGGCGAGCAGGAUGUUGAGUAUGUCAGCGAUGUGGAAGAGUCCGACGAUGAGGACGACAUGGAAGACUUUGAUGACUGGCUGGGCGGCCAGAGCGGAGACGAAGCUGCAGCAGGCACCGAUGAAUCUGAGGAGGAAGGAGCAGAUGGGACCAGCGAUGAAGAGGACGGCGAUGACGAUACCGCCGCUUUGAAGAAGAAGCUGGACGGCCUCAAGCGGAAACGCCCCAGCGCUGCACCGCCGAAAGCGCGCAAAAAGCCUACCAAGGGCAAAGGACCCAAGACCAACAUCGAGUACGAGUAUGUGCAGGAACCUGCACAGCGCGAGAUGGCCCUGGCGAAGUAG